UUGGGGGAAUGACACACUGAAGCACUUCCGACUUUCAUCAAAACAAGUAGAUGGUGUUCCUUUUGUUGUAGGGCCCAAGGCGAUGAAAGCGAGGGCUAGCAGGCGAUAAUGAACACAGAAGUUGUGACGUCUCUCUGAUCGUUAUGGCGGGAACAGUGGAUCAAAUAACCCUGGAGAUGGUGAAACAGCUCGAGUCACUGGAUUGGUUCCACCCCGGUGUUGAUAGACACACAGCAGAGAGUUUAUUACUACAGAAUGGAGUGGAUGGAACAUACAUGCUUCGACCGAGUUCCAAAAUCAGCGAGUAUGCAUUGUCCGUUAGGUGUGAUAAGUCUGUCAAACACUUCAACCUAUCUGUCGAUGGAACUGACUUCAAGUUUGGACAUGGUGAAUUCCACAGCAUGGGUGAACUUAUCAAUCACUUCGCCAACAAACCUUUAAUAGGGGCUGAUUCAGGACAGUUAACCCUACUGAAUUACCCUUACCCACGUAACAUUGAGGAACCCAACAUGUAUGACACAAUACGAGUCCAUGCUGAGUUUAGUACGGCAGACGACUUUUCUAGAGGUCCAGAGUUUGCGAUUAAUUCUAAAGAGGGAUUUCUCACAAAACUUGGAGCAAGGUUUAAGACUUGGCAUACGAGAUGGUUUGUGCUACAGAAAUACGAGCUUCGUUACUACAAAAAGAAGGAAGACUCUCGUGCUAUCCGAGCCAUGGACCUCCGGGAAUGCGAGGAAUGUAAACGGGAUUACACGAACAAAGGCAAAUUUAAUGUUUUCAGGGUCGUUUUCAAGUGGAGAACAUUUUUCAUGUACUCGACGACAGAGCAAGAGUGCAAUGACUGGAUUAAACUCAUCAACUGGAAAUUGAAAAAUACUCCAAGACGACCAUGACGUUUUGCUGAACUUGUGAGAAAUGCUGUAUGCAAUUGUUCUAGUAAGUGGUUACGAGUGCAAUCAAAAGAGAAAACGACUUCCAUUUUGAAAAAAAAAUGUGACACAGUAAGUUUGGGAUUGUGUUAUCCAAUAUUUUGAUUGGCAUUGCAUACGUUACAUUAACUGUCCAUUCAUGGCUGCAGCUCAGUUGUCUGUGCUUCAAAAAUGCUUCAAGUAUUCAUCAGAAGCUAAAAACAAGCAUUUGUUGUGUUGUGUACAUUCAACAUUGCUUGUACAGCCAAAAAACCCCAACAGAUUUCGGGAAGUUUUUCAACAAACUACAGACUUCAAGAAAUUCCUGCUCAUCAAACGACUUACUUCAAGAUUCAAGAAUGAGUUCAUCAAAUGAUCUGCUUCAAAAUUUAGCUGUUCAUCAAAUAACAUGCCUCAAUAAUUUGAAGUUCAACAAAAAAUAUCCUUCAAGAACUUGCUAUUUAUCAAGCAACAUGCAUGCUUCAAUAGCUUAUUGUUCAGAGCGUAGUUGAAGUCUUUAAGUCAGAUGUCUUCAAGAAUGUGCAGUGUUUAUGGACAGUUAUUUCUUAUACGAAAACAGCUUAUGUUCGUCAACAACAUGCUUCAAAGAUUUUUGAUGUUCAGUUAAAACCUGGUGCAUUGGUGUCAGAUGUUAUAAGUUGUGUAUGUGUUGUGUGUGACAUUUUGAUAAAAUGUCUGAUAAUUAAAAGUGCAAUUUCCUAGCUUUAUAUACAUAUACAUGUACACUGAUAUUGCAUUUCUCCCCAUGCUAUUUUUCUUGUACUUUAAUUUUUUGUUGUUUUUGAAAAACGAUCUUCUUGAAUCCCACCUGUUGUUCACUUUUUGAAUAUAUAUCAAAUAUAUAUAGUUGUCCAAAAUUUCCUGUUUGAAAGUGUUUUUGCUGCUUUCGUAUUGGAAGUGGUGAGAUUAUAUUUAAAAUAUUUAACUACUGUGGAUUUUUACUAUCCUUUUUAAACUGAGAAGUUUUUGCAUAAUUCUUAAAAUGUUUAUAGUUUCGCAGUAGUUUUGGUGGUCACAUUGCGUAGACUUUACAUCAGCAUUAAUUGGUACACUUGAAACACUAGUGUUUUGCUAUGAGCGUUUUAUCAUUUAUUGUGAUUGAUAUGAGUUCCUCAUAUUUUGAUGUACACCUAGCUUGAAUAUACACCUCCUAUUUUGAUGUUGACACCCCCAGGAAACCAGCAGAGAGUCUAUGCUUUAAAUUAACCCUUUCACCCCUAUGUAACUUUAGUAGAAUCUACCAUGUAUUGAUAUGGAUAAGUCCAUUAUGGUCUA